AUGUCCCACUUGCAAACUCCCCGGGGCCACAAAACCCGCUCGUCAAUAUCACGAGCUCUUCUUAGUCCGGCCGGUGGCCUCGGCACGCCCCGCCAUACUAAGACGACACCCAACGCUUACAACCGAAAGCUCAAGCUGUUCGCCGCGGAACUAGCACAUCCGCAACUUGAUUUCGACGUCUGCAACCACGGUCCAUCGGUCCAACUCCAGUACUGUCGUGCAAAUGACGUCAAUGUCGGACGCCUCUUCACCACGUGUGCCACAUCCGGUUGCCCCCUCCGCGGGUUCAGAUACCUGAGUGACCGUCUUAGCGACGCCGAACGAGACCUCAUCGAGCGCAUGCGGGUCAACGUCUCAGACUUACGAGAUGUACACAAGCGUCGUAAGGCAUUGACAGACCGGCGAGACUCGCAUGAUGCGGCGACGGUUGAAGACCUCGACGAACAGCUCCGACAGGUCGCCGAUGAGGAAGCCCGCCUCGACAGAGACAGCACCGAUCUGGUCCGACGUGCCACUCUCCUCCGCGAGCAGCGCGUCGUCCCAGCUCCCCAAGUAGCCAAUGCGGCUCUAACUGCUGUGGCACGCCGUCCUGGAGCUGCCACCGCAACUCGUGACGUUGUGGCUGUGCGGCAACCACCCUCACACUCUCCCCAUGCCGCCAGCUCCCCGCCCUCUCGACUCACUGCCUCCACCGACUCGGACGUGGAGAUCGUCGAUGGGCCUCUGCAAGCCCCUCGCAAAACCCCUCAGCGCCAGCGCAGGAGCAGUGCGUCGAGUCGUAUUCGCGGCCCGCUCAGCCGCCCCCUCGUCGCCCCUUCUCAAUCCAACCGAGCCACGGCGUCGACCAGUGCACGCACGUUGUCCGAUGAUUCGGACAUCGAGAUACUCCCUGGGCCACCCCUGCCACCCCAUACCCCACGCCGCACACAGCGCACACCAUCCGAUACGAUCGAACGGUCGGACUCGGACAACGAGUCUGAGGCAUCCGCGGCAUACUGGGCCAACGUAGAACCACCGUUGCCGGCUCUUCUGCCCGCUGCGUCUCAGGCAAACGCUGCCAUUCCCCUUCAUCGUCGCCUCUCUCGUCACCUGCGUCUGUCUCGUCUCGCAACGGACGGCUCCGACACGGAUUCCUCGAUUGAUGGAGACGGACCUGCAGUGCCUACGCCCGUCGCGUCGGACGCCGGAACGUUGUUAGUGAGCAAACCGUUUUGCGUCGCUAUCUAUGCCUACAACGAGGAAGGUCUGCAGCCGGACGUCUUCCUCUUCGACAAGCGUGGUCGACAGAGCUUUACGUCUGUCUGCACAAGGUACGAUUUGGAUCUCGUCGAUCCCAUCGCACUGUGGAUUGGCCUGAAGCGGGCGUGGCGCUUUGUGCAUGUCGAGAACAUCGCCAACGUCGUGUUCGGCUUACGCGAAGGCGAUUACAUUGUGUGGGUGAAGUGGGGACUUAGCAAGCUCCCGUUAAUCCACGAGGUUACAGGUGGUGUGGCUCCCGAAUGGCCGGACCGCGAGACCAUUUGGGAGGAUAGGCAAUCUAUCUUCGAGGAGCUCGACCCGGAACGCCGACGCUUUGAAGAAAACAAGCUUCGCUUGUAG